UGAUUCUCCACCGGGUCGUCUACAACAACCCUCAUGAGCGAGAGAAGACACGGUGAACGGAGAGAGCACCGCUCAAGAGAUAACCAUAGGCGAAGUGGAGGAGAUAGAGGAUGGAGUCGUUCAAAGUCACCUGAAAGACGCAGCCACCAUAGCGAGAAAGAAGACAGAAGGUCUCGUCACACUAAACGUUCAAGGUCCCGGAGUCCAUACCGCUCACACAGUCACAAGUACCAUGAUGAUACGAGAGACAGAGGAAAGGAUGAUCACAAUGACCGAGACAAAUACCACGAGCCUUCCCAGAGUCGUGGACGAAUCAGAAGUCGUAGCGUCACCGCUGAACAUCGACGCCGAUCUCUCUCACCUUCGGCAAACUCUGCUGCAUCUAUGUCAUCUAAGGAGCGUGGUGGCAGUAGUCGGCAUAGGUUGCGGGGGAAUUCGCCGAGUCACCGAUCUCGUUCUCGUUCGGAUAGUCGCGAUGUUCGCAAGUCCAAGUCAAAGCAUCGAGAGAAAGAUCGAGACAAGAAGUACAAGAAACAUAAGGACAGGGAUAAUGGAAAGGACAAGGAUGAAAGGCGCAGCGUUCUAACAGGCAAGAAGAUCAAGUUGAAAGUUCAUAAGGAUGCCAGAGAUCUCGAGAUGGACGCCAAUAGGCAGAACUUGUUGCAGUUCUUGAAUUCGACAUGCGAAUAAGACAAUCAUGUAGUGUUACGGGCACCAUUCGAUGUUCUCUAGCACAGUUUUCUGCUUUAUCUUACAGGCUCUCAGAAUGCCGGCAAGCCCACGCACGGAAUAUUACAUAAGCACCCCUUUCUCCAAUGACGACUUCAGUUUUGAUCUUUACUUGUCUCCUUUGG